AUGCAAAUAACCUUGAUUACUGACAAUACUGUUUGUCAACAACAGCGAUUGCCGAUAAAUAGAAAGUGCCACAAUAGCGUUUCUUGUAGGGACCUAUUGAAACUUGCGCCAUAUGAGAGUAAAUCAUGGCCGCAUCUACUUGGUAAACCAAUAGACGAGGCUAUUGAAGAAAUCAAACGUGAAAAUCCAGACUACCAGGUAGAAAAACUGCCACUUCAUUGUCCGAUGAAACUCGAUGUGCGUCCUAAUCGUGUACGCGUAUUCUUUGACGAAGAAGAUAAAGUCGCGCGAGUUCCACAAAAUGGAUAG